GAAUCUUAUUAGAAGAACUUGAAAUCUUAAAAAGUCGUUCUUUGACAUUUCACUCUCUGAAUAGAGAAAAAAAGAGAGAGAGAGAGAGAGAGAGAGAGAGAGGAGAUAUCCAUCGCUUUCAAGCUCUCUGGGUCUCUCUUUGAAAUUGAAAAAGGGGAAAUGGGGAGAGAGAAGAGUCCUGGCUUGAAGAUCCUCUGGGUCUGGACUAUCGGCACUGCAGCUAUAUUGGUGACCAGUGUUGUCCGCACAAGAAUGCAGGACAUGCAAACCAUGAUGAACCAGAACCAGGAACAAGCACCAAAACGAAAUCAGAAUGCAAGUGCAGGUGAUUCUUCCGCCUUAACAGAUGAAACAAUUUUGCCUGAGUCAGAUCGAGAGAUUGCGAAAGAACUUAAAUAAAGAAGAGCUUGCUUCUGUUUUUUUUUUGUUUGUUCUUCUUUUCGUACUCUUCCUUUACAGUGCUCCAUGAACAGGAUGAGACAAAUGGAUUUUGUAUUUGUAGUUUGCGGAUGUGAUUAGAAGAUUCUAAAUGUUUCUAGGAGAAUAACUUGAAAAGUGAAUCGACCAAGCAGCUUGAUGACUGAUGAGGAGUGCUUAGCAGUGUUUUUUUGUCUGUGUGAAUUGUUUGUUAUGAAGGAGAAGCUAGCUAAAUUUGGUUGCUCUUAAGUUUAAUGUUAAUCAAGGCUACAAAAUA